AUGUCGGAAUUCAAAACAGGCCUACUUCUAAUACAUCCAGCCGUCACCACAACACCGGAGCUGGUGGAGAAUAUCAAGACUCAAACUGCGUCCAAAGGAAUCAAAUUUGAAGACCAGUUUUUAAUUAAUAAACUAAAUGAUGGAUCUGUAAAGUUGGAGAAUAACAAAUAUGAAACUAUUCAAUAUUUGACGCCCGAAGCUCCCAACGGCAUCAUUUUCCCCAAGAAACUCAUCUCUGUUCUAGCUGACUCAUUGAAAUUAAAUGGCUCACUGAUGGGCUUAAGUGACGCUUAUAAAGUGGAUGCACUAAUUAAUGGCUUUGAAAUAGUUACCAAGCCAGAUUACCGUUGGGUUAAGAAGGACGUUUCCAAUCUGAACCAAACAGUCUCCAUACCGUUGAAGGAUAGAAAGCAAGCUGGUAAUACCAAAUUGCCAACUUUCAAGAAAGCUGAAUCUUCAAGUCAUAAGUUACCUUCAUUCAAAAAGGCAGGGGAUACCAAGCUACCCGCAUUCAAGAAAGCAGACGACGCUAAAGUGCCCUUUUUCAAAAUAGCUGAUGAACCAAAAGUCUUUAAGGUCGAAGAUGACCUAAUUGAGGAUAGCGAUGACGAUGAAAUAUCUAGUGACUCUUCUAAAGCUCAAUAUUUUGACCAAGUUGAUAUCGAUAAUGACUCCAUCGAAGAAGAAGACUUAAUUGAUGAGGAUGACUCUAGCAAACCCAUGAUUACCAUGAUUACAUGCGGCAAAUCCAAGACUAAAAAGAAGAAAGCUUGUAAGGAUUGUACUUGCGGUAUGAAGGAACAAGAAGAACAAGAAAUAAAUGACAUAAGAUCUCAACAGGAUAAAGUUGUCAAGUUCACUGAAGAUGAGUUGACUGAGAUCGAUUUCACUAUCGAUGGGAAGAAGGUUGGUGGCUGUGGCUCUUGCUCUCUAGGCGACGCCUUUAGAUGCAGCGGGUGUCCUUAUUUAGGUCUGCCUGCUUUCAAGCCUGGCCAACCUAUCAACUUGGACAGCAUCUCCGAUGAUUUGUAA